GGAGCUUCCUCAGGCCUUGAUAUCUUCACCGAGCGAGCCCCUAGGGCCUCGGUAUCUCCAUCGAGCGAGCUUCUUCAAGGCCUCGAUAUCUUCCUCGAGCGAGCUCCACGGGCCUCGACAUCGAACCAAGCGAGCUCCAGAGGGCCUUGGCACACCAGCGAGGAUCCUGCCACGAGUCCGGCGACGACUCCGAGACGUCCCACCACCAGGACAUCCACCGGGAAGCCCAGAGCGCGGACCGCCUCUACCACCGUCGCAGCCCGUAGUGCCAUCGGAUCCGCGACUACGCCAGGGGCCUAGGCCUCCACCGAUACUCGGACAUAGCUACAUCCCGUGGAGACUAGAGCCGAUUACAAGUAUAGCAGCUCGAUUUCGAGAGCAAGGAACACAAGUACACCGCAGAGUCGACACCACCGAAGCGGCCACUCAGACGUCACCGCAGGGAUCGGCCGAACUCCAGGCCGUACCUGUAGACGUGGCGCAACAAUCCUCACCGAGAGGAACUCAGGGCACGUCAGGCCUAGAGAGCCCUCCUCCUCAAACACCCGUCGGUCGCCCACGGACGCCAGGCCGUAGGAGGAAGUCCUCCAAGAAACUACGCGUUCAACUGGAUAAACUAUUCGGACCCUCGCCGACGAAACCGACGAGGAAGAAGGUGGGGGAGAAAGAGAACGAGCCGCCAGCAGAAGAUCCGACCCCGGGAGGAUCUCACCACUAA